CGGAGCGAGCUUGGUUCUGCACUGUCGGUCGUACAAUAAGCGGGGGGUGCGUCACGAGAGUGGAGGGCAGUUCGGGGGAAUCUUUUGGGGCUACAUGGGUUGUCGGCCCUAGAAUGAGCGCGGCUAGCGACGUGGAGAAAAGUACAUGGCAUCUGGUCUCUUCCGACGGAGGGACGGCCCCUCCUUUCUGUGCUGUCUUCGUCCUGUUUUGUCCAGAUUGUGUGUCCGAUUCCCGGGGAAAUCUUGAUCCCCUCAAGUGUCCGGCUCUUGCCCCAGCCUCCCUCUUCUCCCCUCAGGCGUGUCCCAACUGCCGCUUUGCCAAUCGCGUGGUCGCCCGUCGGGACCACUGGUGUGUAUUUAAAGACUGCCUUCCAAUCGUAAUGGCGUUCAGAGCUGGAAGAUGCCUGGCGAGGUUGGCAUGGAGAAACUCUACUUAUAACUAUUGUACAGCCUCAUACUCACGAGGAGCGCGUUGUCUUGCGGGCAUUCGCAUCGACAGGAAGAUCAUUCACUGCGAUCAGCGGCGGUACACCUUUCAUCCCACCAUGGCAGUUGGCGUGCGGAUGGAGAAGGACACGUUCGGCCCGAUUGACGUGCCGGCCGACAGGUACUGGGGAGCACAAACCCAGCGGUCGCUCCAGAAUUUCGAGAUCGGUGGAGAGAGGGAGCGUAUGCCCGAACAGCUUGUUCGCGCUUUCGGCAUUUUGAAGAAGUGCGCGGCCAAGGUCAACAUCGAGUAUGGCUUGGAUCCGAAAGUCGGCAACGCGGUUAUGCAAGCUGCGCAGGAGGUGGCGGAGGGGAAGCUGAGUGAUCACUUCCCGCUGGUUGUGUGGCAGACAGGCAGUGGAACGCAGACCAACAUGAAUGCUAACGAGGUCAUUGCGAAUCGUGCCGUCGAGAUUUUGGGCGGCAAGCUGGGUGACAAGGGAAUAGUACAUCCCAACGAUCAUGUAAACAUGAGCCAGUCGUCGAACGAUACGUUCCCAGCGGGUAUGCAUAUUGCGGCAGCUAUCGAGUGUACCUCACGACUGCUGCCCAAACUCCAGACAUUGGCAGAUGCACUCGGUGAGAAGGUAGAGGAGUUCAAGGACAUUGUGAAGAUUGGCCGAACGCAUACGCAGGAUGCAGUGCCCCUGACUCUUGGCCAGGAGUUCAGUGGCUAUCACACUCAAGUUCUUUAUGGAAUCCGACGAAUCAAGGACACGUUGCCCAGGCUCUACCAGUUGGCUCAAGGAGGUACUGCUGUUGGAACAGGCCUCAACACCAGGAAAGGGUUUGAUGUGAAGGUUGCGAAGGCCAUUGCGGAAGAGACUGGCCUGCCGUUUGUAACAGCUGAGAACAAGUUUGAGGCGUUGGCUGCUCAUGAUGCGUUUGUGGAAGCCAGUGGUGCAUUGAACACAGUGGCUGUAUCACUGAUGAAGAUCGCUAAUGAUAUCAGGUUCCUUGGAAGUGGACCACGGUGUGGGCUUGGCGAGCUCAUCCUCCCAGAGAACGAGCCAGGCAGUAGCAUCAUGCCGGGUAAAGUGAACCCCACACAAUGCGAGGCCAUCACGAUGGUAUGCUGUCAGGUGAUGGGCAAUAAUGUGACUAUUACCGUUGGUGGCUCAAAUGGUCAUUUUGAACUCAACGUCUUCAAGCCAGUGAUGGCAAAUGCACUCUUACAGUCAAUGAGGUUACUUGGAGAUGCGUCACUGUCCUUCACAAAGAACUGUGUUGUGGGAAUCAAGGCGAACAACACUCGUAUCUCCCAGAUUUUGCGGGAAUCCCUCAUGCUUGUGACUGCAUUGAACCCACAUAUUGGCUAUGACAAGGCAGCAGCUGCAGCUAAGAAGGCUCACAAAGAAGGGACAACCUUGAAGGAGGCGGCUGUUGCACUCGGCGUGGUUACACCUGAGCAAUUUGAUGAGUGGGUUGUGCCAGAGGACAUGAUUGGCCCAAAAGAUUGAGCAUGCUUGGGAGGCUGCCAGUGAACCUGGUGUCUGCUCUGGAGAUCUGCCAGGUUGAUGACUGUCUGGUCAUGGGUUGGAUUGGAAUCUGCAUAGCACGCGCGGAAGGUGAAACAGUGUUUUGUUGAUGUAGAACGAUAGUGUAGACGAUAGUUGGACGUAGGUAGGAGAUGGUUCUAUUGGAAGGAUGGUUGUAUUGGAAGGGGGCAAGAGAUUAGUGGCUGGUUACUGGAAGGCGCGAAGGAGUUGCUAGUGAGUGCUCCAUGAUGUGAGUUAAAACUAAUAUGCUAGUCAAGUUGUCUCUUGGGCCUGGGGGAGCACUGUCCUGUGCAGGCCACUGUGAAACGGUCGAUUUGGAGCCCUGGUGUUUUUUUCGAUCUCUCUCUUUUCCCUCGUAAAAUUUUGGAGGAUGGAUGGAGAAGAAUUUGGAGGAGAAUAAGUGGAGGCUUUGUUUUUGAGCCCAACUUCUUAAUCAAGCAAGUUAUCCUUA